ACACCAUAGAGAAGUAUUACUGAACCUGAGAGGGAAACUAUCUACUGUCAAGAAAACUUUUAAAAACAUGGCCGGGACGGCUUCAGUAGCUGGUGACGUGUUCGUUGAUGCUCUGCCAUAUUUUGACCAAGGUUAUGAUGCAGCAGGUGUAAGAGAAGCGGCUGCAGCACUGGUGGAGGAGGAGACCAGAAGAUACCGACCAACUAAGAAUUACUUGAGCUAUCUGCCCACGCCUGAUUUCACCACUUUUGAGACAGAAAUUAUGAGGAAUGAAUUUGAGAGGUUGGCAGCGCGGCAGCCCAUGGAUCUUCUCAGCAUGAAAAGGUAUGAACUGCCAGCACCAUCAUCAGGCCAGAAGAAUGACAUCACAGCAUGGCAGGAGUGUGUCAAUAACUCCAUGGCCCAGCUGGAGCACCAAGCAGUUCGCAUUGAGAACCUGGAGCUCAUGUCGCAGUAUGGAACCAACGCCUGGAAGGUCUACAAUGAUAACUUGGCCUUUAUGAUUGAGACGGCUCAGAAGGAACUUCAGAAAUUCAGAAAGGAAAUUCAGGAUCUGAACUGGCAGCGCAAGAACGAUCAGUUGGCAGGAGGAGCCAAACUCAGAGAGCUUGAGUCAAACUGGGUGUCGCUGGUGAGCAAGAACUACGAGAUAGAGCGGGCCAUCGUGCAGCUAGAGAACGACAUCGCUCAGCUCCGCCAGCAGCAGGGCGAGGAGAACAAAGAGAACAUCAGACAGGACUUCUAACAGCCAUCUGGAAGGCUUUUUUUUUUUUCCCCCCCUCCUUCCAAAAGGGAACUCCACCUGAACAUUUGCCACCCUGUGGGG